AUAUCGCAUAUCGUAUAUCGUUUGCCAUGUGGGUAAUCGUUAUAUUAAAUAUUAUUAGGAGAACAUAGAAGAAGACGGAAAACUAUAUUUAUAUAGAUAAAUGUAAUUAUUGUCAAAAAGAAAAACUAAACAGACUCAGGCACCGGGAACAGGCAUAUAUCUCCGAACACCCAAAUUUCUAAACGACAACAUUGCAAUGGACACCUUCGGAUCACUGCCAGAUAACCAAUUCAUUUUAUCAAUCCAAGGCGUUCUCAUGAAAUACCUGAUCCUCUCCUUCUAAAAGAUCAACGAGCUGAAUACCCGAACAACCUGGCUCGGAAUUAACAGGAACAGAACAGAACAGACAGAAAGAGAGAAGAAACAGAAAGAACAGACAGAAACAGAGCAUUUUCGAAAACUGCUCUGAAAUUUGUUGCAGAGAGGCAUCAUCCAAUCCCAUUUGUGAGAUCUUUCAGGAAGCACAUUUCAGGGCAGUCUCCGAAAAUGUUCUGUCUCUGUCGUGUGGAAGUUAAUUUCGACCCCUGAUUUACAAUGUAUGUAUGUAUGCACAACAUACACACAUACACAUAUGCAUACAUACAUAGAUAACCGGGAUCCGUCUAGAUUUGUCAUGUUGGUGUGUUUGAAAGCACUAUGACAUUACAUUAUAUCUUAUUAAUUGCUAUUAUUUGGGUAGCUCGCUGUGAAGAACAAUAUUGUUCUAUUGACAGUGCAAAGAAUUGUGACAGCGAAAAGGAAACCGUUUAUAGUAAAGUAGGGUUAAACGAAAGGUAUAAUAAAUAUUAUCAUGCAAUUGAGGAAUCGAAGAAAAAUUACAGAUCAUGUAAUAAUACAAACAAUGGUUGUUAUAAAAAUGUUAUUACAAAAGACUUGAAACCUUUCAAGCAGCAGAAUAUAAACAAGUACUUAAUAAAUACUGCAAAGGAUAGAGGAACAUUUUAUCAAAUAAUACAAGGGAAGAUAUAUAGACAGAAGGACUGUAUGUUUCCAUCAAGGUGUGCUGGAAUAGAGUAUUUCCUUUUAAAAUUGGCUCCCAACUUACCGGAUAUUGAUUUAGUGAUAAAUACACGUGACUAUCCUCAAACUAGUAAACAUUUUGGGGGUCCAUUACCUAUUUUUUCAUUUAGUAAGACAGCACAGUAUUAUGAUAUUACGUAUCCAGCAUGGUCAUUUUGGGAAGGUGGCCCUGCAAUUUCUUUGUAUCCUCGAGGACUUGGUAGGUGGGAUGAACAUCGCAUGACAUUAGACAAAGCUGGUGAAGAAACACCAUGGUCCAAAAAAGAAACUAAAGGAUUUUUUAGAGGCUCUAGAACUAGUUCAGAGCGUGAUAAUUUAGUGUUACUGAGUCGUCAAAAACCAGACUUGGUAGAUGCUCAGUACACAAAGAAUCAAGCAUGGAAAUCUGAUGAAGAUACAUUACAUGCACCCCCAGCUGUUGAAGUCUCCUUAGAAUCUCAUUGUAAAUAUAAAUAUUUAUUUAACUUCAAAGGUGUUGCAGCAUCAUUCAGGCACAAACACUUGUUUUUGUGUCAGUCUUUAGUAUUUCAUGUUGGGGAUGAAUGGACAGAAUUUUACUAUGAUGCAAUGGUUCCUUGGAUUCAUUAUAUACCUGUCCCUAAGGAUGCUAACCAAUCAGAGAUAGAGGAACUAAUACAAUUUGCAAAAGAUAAUGAUGAAUUGUCUAAGGAAAUUGCAAAUCGAGGAAGAGACUUCAUAUGGAAUAAUUUGAAAAUGUCUGACAUUUUGCAGUUUUGGAAAAAGCUUUUACAAAGGUAUUCCAAGCUUCUAACAUACAAACCUUCUUUAGAUGAAACUUUAAUACUAAUUAAAAAGAGGGAAUUUUAAUAAUAAUGCGAUUUGCAUUUAAUAUAAAUAAUUUUAUGUUUU